AUGUUUACAUUGAUUGAUAUACUCCAGGUCUCAGAACCUGUUCUACCCGUACCAGUUGUGGUUCCCCCACCAAUCAACGUUCCUAUCCACCGCCCUGCGGCUACCGAAUGCAUGCAACGAUUGCAUGUUGAAGUUGCGCCCAGUCUAAAAUCAAUGUUGGAAAAGAUGUCGCUCACAAAUGACACCCGUGGCACUGCAAAAGUCGAACAAGAUGGAGAUAAAAUUACUCCGGGCACAAGCUGUAAAAACAGUGGAUGCAAAGCGGCUGCUCGAGAAACCAAUCUUGCCAUUUCUGUGGCACAAAAAGCCGUUUGUCGACAUGAUUGGUUCCAGUUACCCGGUCAAGUCACAGUGAGCAUUUAUGCAAAAGCCACCCUUCCGGAUACUGUGGUCGUGGAAGCCAACCAGACUCGUUUGUCUGUUCGAUUCGAUUUCGGCGCGGACAGACAACAUUUUGAACAAACAUUUGAUCUGUUUGGGGUACGUGUAUUCAUUCGUAUCUAG